UGGGAGUAUAAUCAAAGUGAUGAUAUGUUUAAAGCGUUCCACUGUAAAAACUCAUGAAGUGGGCCUAUCUAACAUAUAUAUAUUUGUUUAUAGGUAAUUUUCUUCUUUUUAUUUCUUAUAUUACAUUUCGAAAGCUUUUUGGUUAUGCACACUCUCCGUAGCUGGUUUCGUCCUUAACUCAACAUCCGUGCUCUAUUCCAAGUAAUUAGAGCGCGACCUCGCAUAACUUUUAAGGAUUUGAAAUUUAGGGUACUUUCGAGUUGAUUAACGCUUAAGUAAUAGUGUUGAAUGUCUUGUUAUAAAAUAAAAGACUAGCAUUGGAUGGACAGGAAUCUCGAAGACGCGAAGACGUUGGACGAGCCAAAUCUUCAUAGGUUAGCAAUUGCUCUUCUAAAGAACGACUAUUGGAGUCUUUAUUUAACUCCAGAACAAAAACGAAAAUAUGUAAAUAUAGUUAAUGAUGUACAGUUAUGGAAUCGUUUCAUAAACGUGAAAAAUUGGGAUUUACUAUGUGACGAAAAAGACACAGGAGGCACUGAAGAAGAUGAUGAAUUAGACAUGACAACCCUUUUCCGGUGUCGGUGUAUGCUAUAUGAUGCCCAAAUUCAUGGUGAUUUAUACGUUACGGGAAACGCUCAAGGUCUUUCUACCCAAGUAACCAAAGGGGAGGAUGGGAAUCUGCCUCGCUCAAGUGAGAGGAACGAGCAUUCCAGUCAAGAAAAUAUAUCUGAGAGAGAAGAACUGAAAAAGAAGACUUCAUCUCGAGAGGUUAAUGAGAAUGACUAUGACGAACCAGACAGCGGUGAUGAUCAGCCAAACAGUGAUGAAAAGCAGGAAGUAAAUGGUACUUCAUCCCAUUCUUUUCUAGAUUUGGAGUCCAUUGACAUUGAUGAUAUGGAUGUUUCAGGAUCAAGCACUAUUGAAGCUAGCAAGGUCCUUAGUAAUGUCGCCUAUAAUUACGUUUAUUAUACCCUUGAAGAUGAUUUUCUGUAUCUAGAAGAAGUUGAGAAGCUAAACAAUAGCGAACCCUCUUCACCUACAAAGGCUUCAGUUCCCCAAAGUGCUUCUGAUGCUUCGUUGACUGAAAAUUUUUCUCAACUACAUUCCAAGUUUGGACCGUUUACUGCGAACUUCAAGAACCUUUUAAACUUUAUAGAAAACAACCGGAAUGCUGUGGGAGCAUCUGAUUCUGAAAUAAAACACUUGUUGGCAGAUGUUCGAAAAAGCAGAUCAAAAUGGGCAAAUGAACAAAGAAUAGGUCAGGAAGAAUUAUAUGAAGCAGCUGAGAAAGUCAUUAUGGAUCUUCGUUCGUACACGAAGCAUUCCAUGCCUUUUUUGACCAAAGUCAGCAAACGUGAUGCACCUGACUAUUACAAUGUUAUAAAAGAGCCUAUGGAUUUGGGAACGAUGCUUCGGAAAUUAAAAGCGCUGCAGUAUAACAGUAAAAAAGAUAUAGUUCAUGAUUUAAUGCUUAUUUGGUCUAACUGCCUAACAUACAAUUCUCAUCCGGAACACCCACUGCGUGUACAUGCUUUAAUGAUGAAAAAGAAGUCGCAAGAGCUUGUCAAUAUCAUUCCGGAUAUUUCUAUACAGUCUAGAAAAGAUUACGAUGAAACUUUGAUGGAAGCGGAUCUUGAAAGUGAUGAAGAAGAGUCAAGUGAAAAAACGUCUAAACAUACUACAUCGAAGAAAACAUCAUCAAGAGGUGGACAGAGCAAGCGGUCUGUGGAAGUACAUACGGACGUUCCUAAUAGUCCAGACGAAGGCGAAAAACAAGGGCGAAAAGAAGAUGACCAACAAAAUAAGGAAGAAGGUUUACAACCGCAGCCUUCAUCUGAAAUUGCCGAAAUACAUGAAGAGAAGCAACCUGCUGGAGAAGAAAUUUCUAAUCAAGGACAAAGUGCUGCGGAGGAUAAAAUAGACUCCGACGUUGCGCAUGAAUUUUGGAAGAAAAAUUCAAAGACUGGACGUAUGGAAAGUAUUUUGCGUAACAGAAAUAUGCUAAGAAAUAUGGCUUAUGUCGAAAGUUCUUCUUCAUCUCAUCGAACUCCCAGAAUUAUGGCUUCUUUUAUGAACAGAGAAAAAGCUUAUGAAAAAUUUUCCGCAUGUUCUGAAAACUUAGGGGAAUUGUUGGGUACUGAUGCAAAUCCUAAUUACGACUAUAUGUUCGAAUACGAUGUAACUUCGGGUAUACCAAUUCACGAAUUUACAGAGGAUAAUUUUGAACCACAAGAAGAUGAAAUUUACAAUAACUAUCAGCUUUGGGAGAUGAAUUCACGUUCCCCCGGGAUUUCUUCUUCGAUGUACAGAAAUAUAUCGAAAAUGCAGCAGAUAAGAAAGCUCUGCAAUAAAAUCCAGACAGUCAAGCAAAUGCAACUUCCUCAGCCGUUUUACUCUGAUUAUUAUCGAAGUAAUAUUCCCUUUACAAACGAAGAAUCGAUUUUAUUAGAUAUUCCACAAAAUUAUGAAGAAGUAUCCGAUUUUCAACCAAUUGCUCAUGGAGUUUUAAAGAAACUUUGUUCAGUAAUUCUUUUUCACGCUGGGUUUGAUUCUUUCCAUUCUGAGGCUCUGAACGCAUUGACAGAUGUAGCAGCAGAUUAUAUGAAGAAUGCCGGCGCUUUGAUGGAGAAAUAUGUUUCGAACAAGCAAAAUGAUUCCAAAGAAGAAAUAAUCAGUCAAACCCUUCAAGAACUAGGUGUCUCGGGUCCUGAGACGCUGGUUUCUUACGUUUUUGAUGAUAUUAAACGCUAUGGGGUUAAGCUAGAUGAAGUCCAUCAGAGGCUGCAUAGACAUCUUGUAGAGCUUCUACGGCCAGCUCUUACAACUACGAAUGACGAAGAUGCAAUUUUUGGGCAGGAUAGCGAUUCAUUUAUUACGGGUGGAUUUUCAUAUGAUACGGGCGAUGAUUUCUUUGGAUUACGGGAGCUAGGUUUGGAGAAAGAACUCGGAUUGGACUCAUUGUCUGUACCAUUACAUUUGUUGCAAAGUAGGCUGAGACUGAACAUGAGCCAGCAACCAGAAUCAACGGCCGAAAAUACAAAAGAAUACCCUCUUCCUCCCAGGUAUCCGCCAAUUACUAGAGAAAGCGUAAAGGACGAAGUAAAUCUUAUUCAGGAAUUUUUGACUGCAAGGAUGGACGAAUUUGGUUUAGAUGAAUUAAUAGAAGAUGAAGAUAUUCGGCCUCGAAAUAAGCCUCCACGGCCCCGAUUACCUCCUAACGGAAAGAUUACAACAGGAAGAAAGCGUAUUGCAUCUUCUGUGUUUUUGAAUCAGUCUUUACGCAAGAAGAGAUGUAUAAAAGGUGCUGAAGGUUCUUCUCAAUUCAGCGAGAUACCUUCUGCGACGCAAGAAGAGAAAACAUGAAGUUAUUUAUUUUCAUUUAAAAGUUUGAGAUGUUUAAUAUUUUCUAUGUAUAUUCAAAUUGUAUUAACGACUUG